AUGGAUAUGGAAGAAGAUAAUUCAGAGAAUUACAAUGAUGGUGAUGUCGACGAGGACGAUGACAUCAUUGAAGAAAGUCCAAUAGUUUUCAAAUCGAAAGUUCUUGAGCCAAUUGGUGAGGAUAGAAAUAAAAACCAGAAGAAAGAAGCAAAGGAAGAAGAUUCAGUAUUGAAAGAUAAGACCGUUUUACCAGAGGCACGACAGGAAUUCACGGAUUUAAAGGAAAAUAUUCUUCACGAUUUCGCUCAUGACCGCAGUCAUGACGUGCAGGGGUAUGAUGACGUCGUUGAAGAAAGUCUUCUCAAAGAGGAAGCAGAAAAGGGAGCUUCAGUUCUGGAAGAGAUAAGCGACUUACCAGGGACAAUCCCUGAAGUAAUGGAUUUGGAGGAAGAUAAUUCAGAGAAUUACAACGAUGAUGAUGUCGACGAGGACGAUGACAUCAUUGAAGAAAGUCCAAUAGGUUUCAAAUCGAUAGUUCUUGAGCCAAUUGGUGAGGAUAGAAAUAAGAACCAGAAGAAAGAAGCAAAGGAAGAAGAUUCAGUAUUGAAAGAUAAGACCGUUUUACCAGAGGCACGACAGGAAUUCACGGAUUUAAAGGAAAAUAUUCUUCACGAUUUCGCUCAUGACCGCAGUCAUGACAAAGAGGAAGCAGAAAAGGGAGCUUCAGUUCUGGAAGAGAUAAGCGACUUACCAGGGACAAUCCCUGAAGUAAUGAAUUUGGAGGAAGAUAAUUCAGAGAAUUACAACGAUGGUGAUGUUGACGAGAACGGUGACAUCAUUGAAGAAAGUCCAAUAGUUUUCAAAUCUAAAGUUCUUGAGCCAAUUGGUGAGGAUAGAAAUAAGAAGCAGAAGAAAGAAACAAAGGAAGAAGAUUCAGUAUUGAAAGAUAAGACCGUUUUACCAGAGACACGACGAAAAUUCACGGAUUUAAAGGAAAAUAUUCUUCACGAUUCCGCUCAUGACCGCAGUCAUGACGUGGAGGAGUAUGAUGACGUCGUUGAAGAAAGUCCUAUCGUUUUCGAAUCGAAAUUUUCUGGCCCAAUCGCUAAUGACAGAAAUACAAAACAGAAAGAGGAAGCAGGAAAGGGAGCUUCAGUUCUGGAAGAGAUAAGCGACUUACCAGGGACAAUCCCUGAUGUAAUGCAUUUGGAGAAAGAUACUUUUGAGGAUUACGAUGAUGAUGACAGUGAUGGAAUUGAGGAUGGUAACAUUGCUAAAGAAAGUCCUGCAUUUUCCAAAUCAAGAGUUCUCCGGGCAAUUGGUGAAGAGAAAAAUGAAAAACAAGGGACAUAUCAUCUUUAUUUUGCAUCAGUGUUUAUGCCACCAAUAAAGAUAAGAGAAAAAAUAUUUUCUUCAACGAGAUCAACGCACUCUUCAAUGACUUGAAAUUGUCCAACGAUAGAGUUUAUUAUGUCAUGAUGGGAGACUUGAA